UGCAGCCUAUGGGAUGGCUUUAGGGCUCUGCCCCCUGCUUUUGGCUUCUCUCCCUCUCCCUUCUCUUUCGCAUUCUCCCCGCGCUUUGAUCUCUGCUUAACAACAGUCACGUCACGGGGGGACUCAUACAGGAGAGUUUUGUUGGAAGUUAGAAAGUUUUGCAGCCUCCAGAGGGCUGUAGCAGCAGCAGCAAGCAGCAUCUGAGGGACUCCUGGAAGGGGAAGAGCCAGAGAAUCUGACUCAGUCCUUUGGAGCAAAGCUGCGCCUGCAGGAGAAGGAGCAAGGAGGAGGCGGAGGCGGCAGACAUGGAACAUCAGCUGCUCUGCUGUGAAGUGGAGACCAUCAGGAGAGCCUACCAAGACACCAACCUGCUCAAUGACAGGGUCUUGCAGACGAUGCUGAAAGCAGAGGAGACCUGCUCGCCCUCGGUCUCCUACUUCAAGUGCGUGCAGAAGGAGAUCUUACCAUAUAUGAGGAAAAUAGUGGCCACUUGGAUGUUGGAGGUUUGUGAGGAGCAGAAAUGUGAAGAGGAGGUUUUCCCCUUGGCUAUGAACUAUUUGGACCGAUAUCUCUCCUUCGAACCCCUCAAGAAAACCCGCCUGCAACUGCUGGGAGCUACCUGCAUGUUUGUGGCUUCGAAAAUGAAGGAAACCAUUCCUCUAACUGCAGAAAAACUGUGUAUUUACACUGAUAACUCCAUUAGACCCAACGAAUUACUGCAAAUGGAACUGCUUCUGGUGAAUAAGCUGAAAUGGAAUCUGGCUGCCAUGACCCCUCAUGACUUUAUUGAACAUUUUCUAAGUAAAAUGCCUGUGGCUGAGGACAGCAAGCAGAUCAUCCGUAAACACGCCCAGACUUUUGUGGCUCUAUGUGCUACAGAUGUUAAGUUUAUUUCAAAUCCACCUUCCAUGAUUGCAGCUGGUAGUGUGGUAGCUGCUGUGCAAGGCCUUCACCUUGGAAACACCAACGCUUUCCUCUCUUACCAAUGCCUCACACAUUUCCUCUCGAAAGUCAUCAAAUGUGACCCGGAUUGUUUACGAGCCUGCCAAGAACAGAUUGAAUCCCUCCUUGAAUCUAGUCUACGCCAGGCGCAGCAACACAACAUAUCUUCAGAAACAAAGACUGUUGAAGAUGAAGCUGAUCUUUCCUGCACACCCACUGAUGUUAGAGAUGUGAAUAUUUAAGGAGGACUUCUGCAGUUGGGUUUGCUUGGCAGUACCAGCAAACAUCGAAAGGGCAUCUGAGAAGGAAGUGGAAUCAGGAUCUUCUCCCCCCCGCCCCUCCCUCCCCCCACCCAGGAAAACCUUUUCUCCAGGACUUUUUAUACCAGAAGGGAAAAUGUCAUUCAUUCUUUUCUUCGCUAUUCCUUCCUACCCUUUGUGACUCUUAACAGACAACCCCCCCUUCACUCUCAACCGUCUUAAAAAGAAAAAAAAAAUAGUAUUUGCAUGAUCUCCAGGGGUUUGUGCUACAAAAAUAGAAGAUUUUAUACAAUAAUAAUCAAUUAGUUUUUAUAUAUUAAAGUGUUUUUGUCUUUAUGUUGUAAAAAUAGGCAUUAACACACACACACACACACACACACACACACAGUCUCUCCACGGGAGGUAUUAGAUUUGAUUCUUGCAUAUUAAAAAGCCAACCAUUUUUAAAGUAGAAGAGGGUGUGUUUUUUUAGAUAGGUUAUAUGUGUUUUGGGUGUGUGUUUUUUUCCUUUAAAAAGCAUAGCUUUAAUGCAGUUCUAGGCUUUUCUGUAUCUUGCUUGCUUAUGCAUUUAGUCACUUUAUAAUUCAUCUGUAAAUGUUUAUUUUAUCCCCUUAGGUUUUUAUCCUCUUCACCUUAUAAAUGGUUUUAAUGUAACCUUUACGUUAGUAUAUGUUAGCAAUCAGCAUUAUUAUAUGUUAAUCUUCUGUGCCUGUGGAUUACCUGUGUGUAAGGCUUCUAGGGGUUCCAGCUUAGCAUGGCCAGGAAAAGAUCCGACAUUCUGUUCCAACAUUAAAGAGAAGUUCCAAUAGCUAUAUAAUAUAUUUUUGUAACCUUCCUAUUUUUGUAGUGUACAAAAACGUGCUGGUUUCCACCCAAACGAUACACAGCCUAAUUAUAUCCAGGUUGAAUCCACAGUUUUAUCUUCUUUUUUAUUAUUAUUAUUGUUUUAAAACCAUUCCAUUUCAAAGCACUUUCAGUUCAUUAGGUAUAGGAAAUACUUUCUUUUUUUGUGUGUGGGAAUUUUUUUUUUCUUCAAAUGGAAUGGUUUGGAAAUUAUAUAUAUAAAUAUAUAAAUAUAUAUAUAAAGUGCUUGUGUGCAAACUCAGAAUUGCAAAGCAAGUGCAUUUAACUAUGGUGUGAGGAAAGGUGGGGUUGUUGUUUUUUUCUGAAGGGUUGUGUUCCAGUCAGAGAAAUUGCAUUCACAAAAUUGCCAGGAUAUCUUCCUAACCUUUUCAAUAGAAGAGAGAUGUUUAGAAAUCUUUUGGUGCCAAUUCAUUUUUUAAAAAAAUAUAAAUUUAGGGGCCUGAAAGGUUUACCUAUAGGACACAUAUUUUGAGAAUUGUCUCUAGAUGUUGUACAACUGAAGGCUAUUAAACACUAAAAUAUAUAAUUUAUAGUUAAGGCUAAAAAGAAUAUUUAUUGCAGAGGAUGUUCAGAAGGCCAGUAUAAUUUGUAAAAUAAAUCACCCCCUUGAUUCUGAGAAAACAAAAAGAUCUUUCUGCCCUUGAUGUUGCAGUUUUAACUCAUCUUACUAAGAAAUGAGGACAUGUCAAGAUAGUAACACAUUCGGCCCAGUUGUUUCCAAAAUAACCACGAGAAAGCGCCAUAGUUAAAAGUGUAGAAUUGGUGUACUUGAAAAGAAAAGAAAAGUUCUUAAUCCAGUGUAUUUCCCCUCCUUUUUUUAAUUUAGCUACAAAUAGAAAAUUUGCACAUCUUGGCUAUGUAUCUUUUUUAUUAUUAUUGUAGAAAGUAGCUGAAGGGACGUGGACAUAGCUGUUGAAGUUGAUGCUUGAGGAGAAUGUGAUGGCAAAAUGUAUGUGAGAAACUGCCGCUAAGGUGUUGAUUGUAAAAAACAAAAAAAAAGUUUUAAAAAGGAAAAAAAAAAGGAGCGGACGCUCCCAUUUUUUUUAUUGAGCUGCUAUGGAUAAAUUCCCAGCAUGAAUUGAAAAGAAAAAUUAACAUUGCUUUUCUGUAUCUUUGUCAUUGUGUUUUGCUGCUAUUUUGUGGUCUUUUUUUUUUGUUUUGUUUUUUUUGUUAUACAAUGUCAUAUACUGCCAUGUUAUAGGUUUUAAAUUUUCUCAUAGAAAAUUAUAUUAUUGACAUUUUUUGGUAGAUUUUUUUUUUUUAUGUGAUCAAUUUUUACUUAAUGUGAUUUACUGCUCUAUUCCAAAAAAGGUUCCUGCUUCACAAUACCUCAUACUUCAGUUAACCGUGUUUAGAUCAGGUUUUAAUGUUCGUUCACAAUGCCUCAUAGUUCUACUGCAAGCUGCAUUGGACAUUAUUCUGAAUGGGUCUCGCGAUUUGCAACUAGUUUGUGCUAAUGUUAAAACAGCAGACAUUUCAGAAGAUCGAGUAAUGUCAGGUUCUUUUGGUUAUGUGUUUUUUUGUUUUGUUUUUUUAUAAAGUGGAUUCUUUUUUUUCUGAUCUGGGGUUUAUUAUCAUAGUAGUUUUUAAGCUGUGUUAUUAGCCACAUUUGAUAUAUGAAAGGUGCAUUAUAAUAUAACUCUUAUAUGCCCGAUGCUUUCCAUCACUGGGGAAUCAUCAUGCGGUAUGAUAGGUUAUCUUCUGGAAUUUAAGUAUUGUGUGUGUUUAAUCUGUUAUGAUAUAUUAGGGUUUUUGUUGAUGUUAAUUAUAGCAUAAUGCUAAUUUAAAAAAAAUAUACAAACAACAACCUGUAAAUCUCAUUAAGUAAGCCAGCUAACAGAGUUGUAUGGUGAAGAAUAAUCUAGUUGCCUGUAUGCUGCUAAACCAAAACAGAAUUAGAACUUCAUUUUUGAGGGCAAACGCAGUUAAGAUCCUACCUAAGCUUAUUCAAAUGGAAAAGGACAGCAGGCUUGUAAGGCUUCUAGCAUUCGCAGGACCCACGAGGACUGGAUUCAUUCUGUCCAAAUUUCAGGAACAUUUCUUACUGCUUACCUCAUAGACAUUUCUGUUUGUGGCAUCUCUGUGUCUCUGAACCAAACAAGAUUAUUGAGUUAGUGGUUAUUGGUUAUAUUAUGUUUUGCUCACUGAGAGCGGCAGCGUGUACUGCAAAAUUUUAAGUAUUGUAUGUACUAAAAGGCCAAAUGCUGAUAAGCGGGUUCACGUGCCAACAGAGAUGCUUUAUUUGUCACAUUGUUAUAACGAUCUAUAGAAAGCAAAACAAAUCAGAUUUGUAUCUUUAAAAAAAUAAUAAUAUUGUACUUAUUGGCAUCACUGGUCUGAAAUGCACAUGUUCACCAACAGACCUGUAACAGAUAAGUUUCCAGCAAAAGAAAGAAGAAUAAAGACCUCCCCUAAAAGUCUAGAAAUAAAUUUGUAAAACCCAA